CCAGCUCCGCCCCAGCCGCGCGGGGCCGGCGCCUCGGAGGGAGGGAAGAUGGCGGCGGCGGGCGGGGGGGGUGCCGCGGUGUCGGUGCUGGCCCCCAGCGGGCGGCGGGUCACAGUACGGGUGGGGCCCGGCACGGUGCUGCUUCAGAUCCUCGAGGAGGUCUGUAGGAAGCAGGGCGGCAGCCCCGGCGAGUACGGCCUCAAGUUUCAGAGGAGCGUGUUGGAUCUCUCUUUACAGUGGAGAUUUGCCAGGCUGCCCAACAAUGCCAAGCUGGAGAUGGUGCCAGUCUCUCAUAGAGCGGGAAUUGGAAACAUGGUUCGGAUCGCAUUGCAGUUGGAUGAUGGCUCCCGUUUACAAGACACCUUUCGCUGUGAACAGACUCUGUGGGAACUUCUCAACCAUUUUGCAAAGAUUAGGGAGUUUAUGGAACAACAUGGUGAAUUCUCUCCAGUCUGUGUUUACAUGCGAGAUGAGAUCUCAGGAAAAAAUGCCCUAGAGAAGACAACGCUGAAGUCACUUGGCCUGACUGGAGGCAGCGCCAUCGUCAGAGUUGUCAUGAAGAAAUGCGGUUCAUCUGGUCAGGAGGAAGCUGUGGGUGCCACGGUGCAGUGUAAUGAGCUGACAGUGAGGCAAGACCCAAUUGAAGGAGCAGUGGAUGUUCCCCUACCUCAAGCAAACACAUUCCCAAAGGACUUGGACCACGGGGAUGUGGCCAUGUCUUUAAACAGCUGCACAGACAAGCAAGACUCAAUUAGAGAAUCUCAUGCCAGCUUGGAAGAGCUGUGGCCUUCCUCAGAGCCUGAGUUGACCCCAUUUGUCCCUUCUUUUGGAGAUGGACAACGUCUGGGGGACACUUCUGUGGCUGCACCAUUUCUUGGGUUAGAUAUGUCAUCUUCAAUGUUGCCAACAACAACUUCUAGCCCUGGAGGCCCUUCUAAGCCAAAGAAGUCUAAGAACAGCCAAGAACUGCAAAAGGAGCAAGAACAGCUUGUAGACCGAGAGCCACUUGUAUGUCACCUGGACCUUCUGGAACCACUUCCUGCUGGCCCAGAAGAGCUUCCUGAUGAGUUUUUUGAAGUCACAGUGGAUGAUGUGCGGAAACGCUUGGCACAGCUGCAGAGUGAGAGGAAACGCCUGGAAGAAGCUCCACUGAUGACAAAAUCCUUGAGGGAGGCUCAGCUGAAGGAAAAGUUAGAGCGUUACCCAAAGGUGGUGCUGAGAGUCCGUUUUCCAGACCGUUAUGUUCUACAGGGGUUCUUCCAUCCUAGUGAAACUGUUGGCAUUUUGAGAGCCUUUGUAAGAAGCCAUCUUGCAGAUGCAGAGUUGCCAUUUUACUUGUUUGUUGCACCUCCCAGAACCAUCUUGAACAAUGAAAGUUUGACGCUCUUGGAGGUUUGGAUAAGAAUCCUGUGCAGGUUAAGAACUGCAGAGUUCUAGAGACAUGGAUGUAUGCAUUAGAAAAGUACAAAUGAGGGAAUACCAGCUCACUUGGGAAUAUAGUUUCCAGGUAAUGGUCUGCCCAGUAUUUGAUCCUUGCAUCCUUAGCAGUGUUAGAGAAUACUAAAGGCUCCGGCUUUGGGUUUGUAUAUUUUCCUGGACUACAGCUAGCAAAGCCCUUCUCAUCUUUAUGCCAAAACAUUCCUUGGCCAGUGGGGUCAUUCCACUGGCUCAAAUACUUUUUUGUUACAACCCCCUCAGACAGCGUUAUGUCCUGUCAGGGCCUGGCUGAAUCCCAGGGAGAUCAGUGAGAUGUAGCUACCUGCCUUCUGUGCUGCACCCUCAGGAAGUGCUGGAAUGGGGAUGGUACCGGAGAAUCCUGCCCGAACGAAACUAGGUAAAGGGUCGGAUGAAUGAGCCAAUCGUCUGUCUAAAGCGAAGAACUUAUUGGAUGUAGAUUUGGCAAGAGGGGACUCUGUGCUGGCUGACCCCUAGGAAAGGAUAGGGAUGCAGGGAAAUGAGCCAUGGGAAGGAUUCUGUAUAGUUGGGAGCUGCUGUCAGGUUCCUUUAAGUUUCUUUCAAUUAAAAGAUUUUGAACUGAAACAUCUGGACUGAUGUGCUGCCAGCAGUGGAAAAUGGUUGUGGACAUGGAUCCUGAAACUUAGAACUAUGGUUAUUUGUGAACCUGUGAGUAAAUAGGGUAGAGGUUUAUAUUGGGGCACAUUCUGUGUGUUUGUGUGGUUGAGUGUGUCUGUCUAGCUCUUGGUCUGUGUUUCUCACUCUUUUUCUCUUUGCGCCUUACGCAGGCCCUGCCAUGAAUUUUCUCUGACCCCUUGGGGCCAUUCCUACAUGAAGCUUUGAUGUGUGUGCCCAGAGCUUGAUUGACAAGGAAGUUUUGGUGGCGGCAGCAAGAGAAAAGGGCAGGGCUUUGAACUAAAGGGCUUUGAGCUCUGAGAUGCUGUGCUUACUUAUCUCCUUCAGAAUGUUAAUUAUUUACCAAGAUAAUUGGUCAGGAGGGGAAAAAAAGAGAGGGGAGGUUAUUAAAAAAUUCCAACACUGACACACUACAAAACCCUCAUUUUCCAACUUGCAGCUGGCAUGAAAAGGAUGUUGUGUGUAAAAGGCUUGAGUGUAUGUGUGUGUGUGUGGGGGGAGCUUUUUAAGGCACCCAUUUCCUAAAUAGAGGGAUCCCUUCAGACAAAUGCAGCGGAAACAUCAAAGCUCUUGCAAGAGUUUUCUCUGGGGUUUCUAAACCGUGUCUGGUACUUUUUAAUUAAAAAAGUUUAUGGCGAGCCGUCUCUGUGGCUGGAGCAGCACCCCCGGCCCUGCCGGCUGAGGAGGGAAAUGGUAAAAGACCUAAUAAAUAAUGAUUUCUGCUAAGAUGGCAGUUCAAGGAUGUGGAGAUGCCUGACUGCUGUAGCAGGAGCUGAGACUUGGAGUAGUCUCCUGCUUCAGUUUAAUAUGAUGUAGGCUAUGCUGUAUGUGGAAGUCUACAGCCUUUGGUUAAUGUCAGAGUUGUAAUACCAUGUACUCAUUUGAAGGUUGUAGUCAGGAAGAGAGGUGACAAUGUUUCAUUUUGCCUCUGGUUAACACAGUUUUUUAGUCUAAGUAUUAGGUAUCAAUCCACAGAUGAAUGCACAGAACCUUUGAGUUCUGGUAAUAGCUGCGCUGGAUCGGGUCCAAGGACCCUUAUUCCAGUAUCCUGACUGUGCUGAUGUCUCUGGCAACAGAGGCUCAAGAAAACUCAAGAGCAGGCAGCCUGUCCUGCACAAUUCCUACGUAUGCAUUAAUGAUAUGAAGAGGGGCAGUUGCUUGCUUUUAUCUAUUUCUUUAUUUUUUGGAUCAAGGUGAGAAAUACAGUGUUAUUGUUUUUCUGUGUGUUGAACAUAAUUCAAAUUUUGUACUGAAUUAUUCAGUAUAUAUUUAUGCAGAGGUAAUUGAGUAAAGCUACUGAGCCAUGAUGUAAGGGACUGAGUGUGGAAAGCAAUGAACGUGCAGUCCUGCAGUUAUCUGGGUCACUCGAUGAGCUCAGUGGAUGAAAAAAAUGUUUGAAUAUGGCAGAGUUAUUCUGACAAGUAGGAACUUGGAAUUCAGGCUGGAUUUAUAGAAGGGUAGACUGUAGCCUGGGAAGCUGUGAAAACUAGACAAAUUCCAAUUAGAGACAGGGUGUAAAUGUAAUCGUAUCAUCUAGAGUAGGUUUCUGAGGGCAUAGCUUGAUUUUCCUUCUCUUACUAUCAGUCACUCAGGUCUUGAAAGAUUCUUAAUCAUAUUCACGUUGUCUGCUCAGCAGUGGAGAAUGUGGGUGAAAUAUAAUGGCCUGAGAUAUGGGGACAGAGGAGGACAAAUGGCAGGUCAUCAGUCCCAUGAGCACAUACUGUACACCUGUGUGUAGAAGAAUAGAUCAUGUCUUAUGAUCUCUCCCUGAACACCUUGUGCUCUACACACGUUGAGCCUUUUCCAAAUUAUAGAUGGCUCAGUGCCCUCAGCUUGAACUCUGAAUUUGUCUGUAGCUGUCUAACCUGUCUCUAACGUUCACAGUGACCUGUGAAAGCAUGUACAGUCAGUGACCUCUUCCCUUUUUG